AUGGUUUCGGGGAACUGGAUGCCCAACAUGCUACACCUGGGGGCUGAGUGGAGGCAAAAUAUCCUAGGUAUGCCAUUAACCUGUACCAUUGCUCAGUCGACCCUGGUGGGGUGGCGGGAGCGUGCUUUCGCCAACAGGCUUCCAUUCAUACUUGUUCGUCUGCUGAUAACUUCCAGUUUGUAUGGUUCCUGUUUUUGCCUCGUAAGCGGCCAUAUUGCUGUAGAACCAGAAGAGCUUGGCAGUGUUUCAUUACUGAGCGAAAAUGAGAACUUCAUAUUUGCAUCCUCGAGGCAACGCCAGCGAGGUGAAGUAAGUAGCUCGAUUUCAGGGCUAUGGUAUAACCUGUACACGCCAAUUCACGAGCCUCAGGACAAAGAAAACACGAUAGACGACGCACGGAAGAAAGUAGAGGAUGAGAGCAUCGUAUUUUUCGGGGCGGAUAGAACUCAAGAUGCGCUGCAUCUCCAAAAGGGAACGCUUGCUGCGGCAGGUGAUUUCAACGAACGUUUAGACACAAGGACCCCCACGGUGGAUUCCACCUUAGCUGUUUUCACAAACGAAGGGUGCCCGUAUUCUGAGGAAGCACUUCGGGAGGCUCAGCUUGCGCAGAAGAUGGUGCGGAGCCUUGGUAGCUCGCUCACUGUAGUCAAUGUGAAGGAGACGGAACUAGCCAAGCUUUUGGGUAUCAAGACUAUCCCGUGUCUUCGAUUUUACCUUAGUCCCAACAUAAGAAGCGCAGCCUACAAAACGUAUGAUGGUGCAAAUAUAGCCGCUGAUGAAAUUGCUCACUGGAUUCUGCUGCAUCAAGGCAAAACAGUUCAAUCUGCAGCUUCCUUUCGAACCGCAUCAUCUCGAGGGUCUCCAGUGGGUCCCGUCGUGCAUGCUUUUGUCCAUGAAGGGAGCCAACGGGCUGCGCUUGUAGUACGGCUUUCGAAGAACACAGAACAACUCCCUUCCAGAUUCACCUUAUUCUACAUAGAACAUGUAGACUCUUCGGAACGAGAAGAGUUUCGUGUUUACAGGAAGAAGUUGCCCUUUGAUGUGGGAGAGGAAGAAUAUCUUACUUUAGAAGAACCCCAGUGGGAGCCCAAAUCUAUUUUGGCGCUGCUGUUGGAAGCGGAAAACCGGAUGCUGUUCUAUGGUGACAGGCCUUCUCGCGUGCUUCUUGGGAAACGAGCGCUUCUUACUGUUUAUGUUAGCCAUCUAGAAAACUUGCAGGACAUUGCAUGGCUGUUGAUGGAGUUUUACGAAACAUACCGUGAUCGCAUAGCUUUUCACAUAGCAAAGAACACACUCAAAGAGGCGGCGAGGUCCCGGGACACAUUUAGCCACAGUUGGGGUGGUGCUGUCAUCGCGGAUAAGCGGGCAAACGCAUCAGCCUACCAAAAAGUAGCAGGUGUGAUGCGCGAACACUCCCCAUUUACUCAGUAUUCCUUGUCGAUGCCAUUCAACUACCAUAGCCUGCAGGUGUUCCUUAAGGAGUGGAGUACGGGCAAUGCGGAACUUCAUUUCCGUUCGAAUCGCCUAACCUACACUGACAAAGGAAGCCAUGUUAUGGAACUUAAUCAUGUCCAGUUCCUUAACGUCUUACAGAAAGCCAGGCGGGUGCCUCUUGGUAUUCUCUACUACGAACCCGAAUGCUCAGACUGCCAAGUAUACCUCAGAACAUGGAAAGAAGUAGCUGAAGUCUUCAGUACAACAGACGCCUUGAAAGAUCAGGUGCUCUUUGGCCAAGUAGAUGGCCAUCUUAAUGACAUAAUUGAUUUUGACAUGAAACAAAAUAUCCCCUCAAUUGCUGUCUAUCCAGAAGGGCCGCAAGCUCUAGAGAAGCGGAUUCUUUACACCGGCCCUCCCAUCGUUAAUAUCCUCGCGGAAUUCUUAGGGACAGUUACUGGAAAGCGCGAGGAACUCUAA